CUCUCUGUCUCUCUCGCUCUCUCUCUCUCUCGAGUGUGUGUGUGUGAGGCAAAAUGGGUGCACUUGACUACCUGUCCAACUUUUGCAGUGUUGCAGACACAAGAAGAGCAUUGAAAAGGAAAAAAAGAAAGCCACUGCAGACUGUGGACAUCAAGGUGAAGAUGGACUGUGAUGGUUGUGAAAGGAGAGUGAAGCAUGCUGUUAGCUCAUUAAAAGGUGUGACAUCAGUGAACGUGAGCCGAAAGCAAAGCAGGGUGACGGUCACCGGCCACAUCGAACCGAACAAGGUCCUGAAGAAGGUGAAGAGCACAGGAAAGGUGGCAGAGUUCUGGCCCUACGUCCCUUACAACUUGGUUGCUUACCCUUACGUUGCCGGGGCCUACGACAAGAAGGCACCUUCCGGCUUUGUACGCAAUGUGGCCCAGGCAGUGCCUAACCCUCAUGCACCCGAAGAGAAAUACAUGGCAUUCUUCAGUGACGAGAACCCAAAUGCAUGCUCCAUCAUGUGAAAGAGCUCAGUGAACUUGGUAAGGGGUUGAUGGGGAGAAUUAAUGCUACACAGGAUGAUACGGUUUUGUUACAGGGAAGAAGAAGCUCUUGUCAAUAGGUUUUGGAGUGUUUUUGAUAAAUCUAGUCAGUCUGUUACUUCCUUUCAGAUGCAGCAGGGAUAGCUUUUGCUUUCAUUACUUUGGAGUUAGGUACGAGUGUGGUGUUGAGUUUCUGCAUUUCUUUUUCAUUUUGUAAUCGAUCAUGUAACGUUUUGAGGGUGUUUUAUGUAUAUUAGCAUAACUUAUGAAAAAGUGGAGGCUCUGAUCUUGAAUGUUUAA